AUGAUCACUAUUGCUUUCUACAGACGCUCGGAACAGCCAUUCCGCGUUGCCUGCUGGUACAGCUGCUACGGUUUGAGCACUCUCAUUAGCGCGCCCAUCGUCUAUGGCUUCGGACGUGUUCACUCUUCCACACUGUACCGCUACCAAGUGGUUUACCUCUUCUUCGGCCUCUUGACCAUCUGCGUUGGACUCAUCACUUACUGGUGGGCACACGACAGCCCUGGAGAGGCCCGCUACCUCUCUCCAGAAGACCGCCUGAAGGCUGUCGACCGUGUCAAGGCCAAUCAGCAAGGUAUCGUCUCGCACAAGUUCAACUGGAAGCAAGUCGCCGAGGCUUUCACCGAAUUGAAGUACUGGCUCUUCAUGAUAAUGGUUAUUUCGGUUAAUGGUACGUUCAUAGUUCAUGGCGGAAGUGUAAAAUUCAGAUUUGUGUGUACAGCUAACACUGCCAUUAUCNNAGCCGGUGCUUCCGUAUCGUCAGUCUUCGGCUCUAUCAUCCUUCAGAACCUGGCUGGUUUCACACCUGAUCAAGCCGUCCUGCUCAACAUGCCAUCUGGCGCACUCCAAUUUGUUUCAAUCCUCGGCGCCUCUUACCUCGCAUACCGCUUCAAGCGCAAGUCACCAUUCCUGCUCGCCCUUGUGUCAAUUGUCAUCGUAGGAGUUGCUUUGAUGGUCGCCCUUCCAAAGACCAAGAACAACAAGGGUGGUCUGCUUGCCGGGUACUACCUUAUCGCUUUCGUGUAUGCCAUCAACCCUCUGCUCAUCUCAUGGAUGGGAGGCAACUGCGCUGGACAGACCAAGAAAGCCAUCUACUACACCUCUUUCAACGCUGGAAACGCCAUUGGCAAUAUCAUCACUCCCUAUAUUUUUGACUCCAAAUUUGCCCCCAAUACGUAA